AUGUCACCUCCAAUGUCACAACCCGGAACUCGGGAGAAAAAAGGCCACUUCAACAUCGACCAGACCACGACGACGAGGGAUUCCAAGCUAAAGGGUCACGUGAGCAUCGGCGAAAGAGGACACGUGAUAAAAGAACAACCAAUGGAACCGCCCCACCGAAUAACUGAUCGCGGUCAAAGGUCACCCCCGGCUACCAGCACGCAUAUCAACACACACGUGACACUUCUCGACGCGCAACCACUAACCCACCGCUACGCACAACUACGCUCCCUAAUAACGCACUGA